CUCAUUCAUUCAAUCACCAACUACCUAAUAAUUAAGCAGACGCAUGCAAAAAGCGGAAACCGGUCUCCUUCGUGUCAAAGCUCCAAAGCUCCAACAUGAAUUCUACAGCGAAACUCACUCCAAGAAAAAGAGCAUCCAAGAAUAGCACACCGAAGAAGAAUACCACACCGAAAAAGAAUAGCACGCCAAAGAGGAAGAGCACGCCGAAUAAAACACCUAACAAAACCAAAUCAGUUGUUGCUUCACCAGUGUCUGCUCAGAAGAUUGAUCUGAGGUUGGAGGCAAAGCUGUCUGCGGAGAUUGAUGCGAAGGUGUAUGCUGGACGGAGAAUACAUCCCUUUUUUUCCUUGUGGAAGGAGGAAAAUGAACGACGCCGACAAGCUUUAUUGGCUAGGAGGAAAGCAAAAGGAAUUAGUGAUUCCAUCCAUGUAUUUGAAGAUGUUCAGGAUAAUGCAUCACCCAUUGACUGGAGUGACUGGACAUUUUUGGAUAAUACCACAGUUGCAUAUUUGGAUAGUCAGAAUUCAAAUUUAUCUUUUAUGGAGGACGCGGUUGAAUCUUUAAAUUUUGAUAACAUACAUAGUGCGUCUGAAGAGGAUGUCAUAGAUUGUCCAAGUCAACUUUCUAUACAGUCACAUAAUAAGCUGGACAUAUCACAACCAAAUUCAGAAGUUAAAUGUCUUUUGAAGACCGAAGAUGACGAUGUGGACCUGAACUUGGAGGUGAAUGAAAAUACAGGAUACAAUGAUAUUUUCAGAAAGCAGGAACCACAAGCAAGAAUAAGGUCUUACCAUAAUUGUGAAGGUAACAACAGCUUAUGGAUAGACAAGUACAAGCCAAAAAAAGCCUCUGAGGUGUGUGGUAAUGAAGAGGCUAUGAAUUCCUUGCGUGACUGGUUACAUCUUUGGCAUGAAAGACUUUCUCAGUGCAGAAAAAGUUCCUAUAACAAAGGUCGAAGUGAUAGACAAGAUGCUUCAGAAGACAUCCAUCAGGGUCCUCUGCAGAGUGUUCUCUUGAUUACAGGACCAAUUGGGAGUGGCAAGUCUGCAGCUGUCUAUGCCUGUGCCCAAGAGCAAGGGUUUAAAGUUGUAGAGAUCAAUGCAUCAAGUUGUCGAAACGGAGCUGCUCUCACUGCUAUCAAGAAUAAAAUAGAAGAACCUCGUGCAGGCAAAAUCACAAGUUGUUUCAAACCUGUGAAGUUGCUUCCUGCUUCUGAUGAUGAAGCCAGCCAAACUUUAAUUCUAGUUGAGGAUGUGGACAUCAUUUUUCCUGAAGAUCGUGGUUGUAUUACUGCCAUACAACAACAAUUUUCGGCCACCAAAAAAUGGCCUAUUAUAUUUACCAGCAAUAGAAAUAAUGGUGGCCUACCAAAAAGUUUUGCAAGACUACAUGUUUCUUUCUCAUCUCCGUUGCCAGAUGAGUUGUUUUGCCAUAUAUACAAGGUUUGCAUGAUAGAAGAAGCCAAUAUUAAUCCUCUCUUAUUGAAAAAAAUUAUCCAGUCUUGUGAUGGAGAUAUUCGGAAUACUAUUAUGCAACUUCAGUUCUGGUUCCAGAGUAAAAAGUAUACCGAAGACAGGAAAGUGCCAAAGGUGUAUGGUAUGCUUCCUUUUGAUGUUGAGGCUUGUCACCAGAUUAUACCAAAGAUACUACCAUGGAAUUUUCCCUCUGAGUUGUCCCAACUCAUUGAGAAGGAAGUUGCUAAGUCAGUAGCCACAAUGGAUGAAAACUCGUGCUUGCAGGUUUUAGAUGUGAAGUUUACGAAUACUGAUUAUGUAGGGAACAAGAGGAAGAUAAUCAAGAGAUCCCUUACAGACUGCAAUGGGUUUGAAAGUCAACAAAGUGCUAUUUCUGAAUUUUCCAAUUGCUCUGGAUGGCAAAAGGGCCAAAGUAAACAUGUACUGAUGAGCUCUGCGAAUCAUCCAAAUAAUGCACAUUCUUUAGACGUUCAUGAGGAAGUUUACAAGAGACAUUCCCUUGAAAGCAACAGUGAAUAUCUCUUAAAGUUUCAAAUGAAUAAAACCUAUCCAAGUACAUCAUUUUGCAAAUCUGAUAGUUCUGUUUUGGAAAGAGAAACUGCUUAUGAUGCAUGCUUAAAUGAAACGCAUAAAUCAUUUUAUGCAUCCUGUUUCCCUGGAUCAAUAUCCGUUCCUGAGACAGCAAUUCAAAGUGGAAUAAAGCCAAUGACUGGACCAGUGUCUUCUUGCAGUCAUGCUGAUUCAGUACAAGUAUCUCUCAAUAAUGAGCUGACACCAGUCACUUUCAAUGUUUGUCAAUCCUCAGACAAAUUGCAACCAAAUUCUGAUCCAUUUGCAAAUACUGAAAUUCCAGACUCUUCUUUUACAAAAGCAGCUGUGCAAACCUUCAGAGAUGGAAACAUGAAAACCACAACUGUGAGUAGUGUCACAGAUGAGUGCAGUCAUGCUGAUUCUACAUCAAACUCAAAGUCUUUUGACUCCAGUUCAUCGGUACCAAAGGAUAUGGUACAAAAAUUGUGGAGGGAACUUCGUAUAUGUCAAAAAGAUUUAGGACAGCACGCCAACCCAGAACAGCUGAAUGUAAUUCAAGUUCUUAAACUUACUAGUGGGCUGACCGAUCUAAUUUCUGAAGCUGACUUAUUGUUUCGUAAUCACCAACAAAAACAAUGUGGUAUCAUGGAGCCUCCGAUGAACCUUUUUGAAGAAGCCACAAAGAGUUGGUAUGAUGAGCAAAUGAUGAUGUCUACAGUUGCUGUACAUGGUUUUUCUUUUUAUGCCAAACAUAUAUCAGAUGUAGGAUCCAUGUUUGAUUCUAAGAACGAGGUAGAUCUAAUCUCAGAGAUGCUGGCUAGCACUACUAAUGUUAUGGGACUGGGAAAAUUGUCUAGACAGGACCAAACAAAAAGCACUAGUAUCUAUGCCAAUAAGCUAUUCGAGAUGAAUGACCCGACAAAUGAUACCAAGAGAACAUCUCUUUCCAACGUGAUGGGGUCUAUCAUUCCAGAAAGAUCAUCCUUGUCAGUGAAAGGUCUUGCAUUAAGUGAAUAUAUGUCUUCAGUACGCCAAAUGUCAACUUCUGAAGGUUUCCGCAUCCCACAUGGUUCAGAAAAUAGGAGAAAACGAAGGAAGAAGUGUUGAUCCACAUUAUUUGAGUGAUGAAGAUAUAUCAUUGGUGUGCAAAGGUGAUUUGUACAGAAUGAUUUCUUCAAAUGGAAAGCAAAAGUAGAUGAUCGAACAUUAGAGCAUGAAUUUAAUUUAAUAGUAAAGACAUUUGUGCUGUAAAAAUAAAAGCGCUGUUGAUUUUGUCUAUGAUAAUAAUCAUGGGCUGAGACGAUAAAAUAAACUGCAGCAGCGAUGGGAUUACCAAAUGAAAAUUGUAUGUACGAUUAAUUGUUACUGAAAUAAUCUUGUUUUAAACAGAGAA